GAAAUGCGCCGCGCGCAUCCGUCGUCGUCCCGACCGUAGCCGCCGCAGCGCGCGUCCCGUUCGCCGUCGCGGCGCGUACGCAUCGCUCCCGAGUUUUGAUUCUUCCGCCUUUUUGAGCGCGUUGGCAGUCUCCUUUGUCCCUUUCAACCGUCGUCACUUCUUGGAUGCUCGAGCGCUACGACCCAACGGCCGCCGUGUGCUAUCCAUCAUCACGGGAUAUGUCCUGGUCUUUGAUUUUUUUUUCUGUUUGUCUCGUUAAUCUUUGGUCCAUAACUUCGGAAUGCAAAGCUCUACAGCAUGAGCGAUUUUUACAUGACAAUUGACUUUUUAGUUUUUUCCCUGCAGUCAGCGCUCUAAAGUAUUUCCUAUGCUACGAUUUAACUUCACGGGUUUGUCGGAUCGCUUUACAGCGUCAACGUGUUCUAGAUUUUCUCAAUUCGUUAAAUUUUACGAUUGUUUGUGCCAACAUAAUUAUUGAACACCAUAAUAAUGUUUUAUAAGAGCCUGUGAAAUAACUAAAUAAACCAUGGAGCUCCAAAAUUGCUUACCUUCUAUGAAAAAUGAUUACAAAAUGAAUGAAAUGAAUGACCAACAAGAAAUUAUGAAUAAUGUACAAGGGUGGAACACAAUGGCAAUGCCAAUGUCAUCACAUGAUAUUAUGAUACCAGUUCCAAUAAAAAUCCAACCUUCACUUGGUAUUUUGGACCAAAAUAACAUCCCAAUGAAUAAUGCUAGUCCACAUCCAAGCGUCAUACACACGAGCCCUCAGACACCUCAUGGCUUGCCAAUAAAUACAUAUAUUGAACCUGAAUUACCAAUAGAGUUGUUGCAACAAGGAUGGAAAAAAUUUUGGAGUAAACGUGAGAAUCGACCUUAUUUUUGGAAUAAGUUGACUGGUGAAUCUCUUUGGGAGUUUCCACCUUUGAGACAGUUUGACGUUACAUCAGACCCUUUGGGGAUAACAAGCGAUGGUCAACAUAAUGGAACAAAUCCAAUGUUAUUGAAAAAAAGACCUGCAGAAGAAAUAGUCUUAGGCCCUGCAACCAAAAAAAUGAUACUAACUGGUCCAUGGGAACUUGAAAUACCUACAAAUGUUGUUAUAUUUGAGCGAUCGCCAUCCACAAUGUCUCAGCCACAUCCAGAUAUUGAGUUUUAUCGUGGACAUUUGGUAGCAAAAUUAAGACAAUGUUACCAAGAACUUUGUCAGUCCCGAGAAAAUAUCAAUGCACCAAAAGAAUCUUUCAACCGUUGGCUUAUUGAGAGAAAAGUAGUUGAUACUGGUACUGAUCCAUUAUUACCCUCGCAAUGUUAUCCAGAAGUUUCUUUAAGAAUGUAUAACGAAAUAAUGAAUGAUAUACCAUUAAGAUUGGCAAAGCCUAAGUAUACUGCAGACGCUCGGAAACAGCUGUCCAUAUAUGCUGAAGCUGCAAAAAAUCUCAUUGAGUCUAGAAACACAUUACAAGAGAGUAGAAAAGUCGUAAAAUGGAACACUGAAGAUACAUUGCAAUGGUUAAGGAAGACAGUGGGUGCUACUUAUGUUGAUUUUCAAGAGCGAUUAAACCAUCUUAAGAUGCAAUGUCAACCACAUAUAGCUCAAACUGUCAAAGAUUCUGUGGAAGGCAUCUGUUCAAAGGUGUAUCAUUUAUCAGUAGAAUAUGCUCGCAAGGUCAAAGAAAAAAAUAGUGAGCUUUUGAUUGCUCAAGGAAUUACAGAAAUGGCGCCAGCUCCUGCAGUAUUAACUCUACAUAAAGUCUGGUGUUAUCCUGUCCAAUUUGUCACACCUGCUCCGCGUCUUCCUCCUGUUGAAUACAUGGCUGACAAAGAACAGACUUAUGUCCGAUUCAAUGGAGAAAGGUUACUCAUCAAUACUGUGUACCUCCAAAAGUUGGAACAAUUGUAUCGCUACAGCUGCUAUGAAGACAAAAAAAUGGAAAACUUCAUGGCAAGAGUUUGGUGUUUAUUGAAAAGGUACAGUGUCUUCUGCUCUAACAGUCCUGAUACACAAGUAUCAGUGCCAGUGCCUAUCCUAGAAUCUCUGCACAGAAAUUUUGGUGUGACAUUUGAGUGUUUUGCGUCACCUCUGAAUUGCUAUUUCCGGCAAUAUUGCUCCGCGUUUCCAGACACCGACGCCUAUUUUGGAUCCCGAGGAUCAAUUUUGGAUUUGAAUGCUGUAAGUGGAUCAUUUGUAGUAAAUCCUCCUAUACACUGUGAUGAUCUAAUUGAAGCUGCUUUAAAUCAUAUUGAUCGAUUGUUAUCUGAAUCAAGCGAACCUCUAUCUUUUAUCAUAUUUUUGGCUGAUGGAGAAACAACAUUUAUUCAGAAAUUAGACUCUAGUCAAUUCAAACGACGUCAAGUAGUUAUACCAGCGUAUGAACAUUAUUACAGACAUGGUUUCCAGUACAGUGUUCCAAAGACAGAUGUAAACAUUCGUUCUCCCACAAGCACAUUAGUUGUAUGGCUUCAAAACAAUGCUGGGUGUCAGCGAUGGAGCCCUAGCGAAGACAGGGUUGAAGCUUUGUUGGAAGCAUUCCGCCCAGGCCGUGAACGUGAUCGUGACCGCCAGGAACUGCUUUCACCAACACCAAACUCUCUAUUAGGCCCACCGCCACUUCCUGUUUAGAGUUAGUAAAUAUUGUAUACAUUAGUUGUAUCAAUGUAUAUAUAUAUUUAUUGUAUGUGUAUGUGUACAUGUUUGUACAUCCACUAACUUAAUAGGCAAUUAUGGUGUCUAGUUUUAUUCAAAUUUAUUUAUAUUUUUAUGUUCAUUAUACACCAGUGUAUAAUGUACUCUCAUUAAAUUAUAGUUUUUUUUAUACAUUCAUAUAAUGUAUAUGGUUAUAAUAUAAUUAUUGAAUCUUAGUUAAUGCAAACUCUGAGCCAUAAUUGCUGUUUAAAUUUCCUUUACCUUAUAAUAAGUGAAAACAUUUUUAAAUGUUAAAAAUAUUUGUGUAUGUGUAGGUAGGUAUUUUUAGUUAUCGUUUUGUUGAUUUAUCUAUUUGUUAGUAUAAGAUAAUUUAUUAUUCUGUCGUUAAAAUCGUCAGAGUAUAAAUUUGAAACAAUAUGUAUCAGAAUUUCGUCCAAAUAUUCAUAAUGGUUGCAAUGGAUUAUUUGCUGUUUUUAAUAUUUUUUAUAAAAACAACAUUUUCCUAAAGCACAUUUAAGAAUAUCGAAUUAAUAUAAUUUAUAAUUUGUAAGGGCUUAGUACUUAAGUGUUAAGUGAAAAAAAUAGAAACCUAAUAAUCGUCUUUAUAUAAUUCCACUUAAACAACUAUUAUAUAAGUAAAAUACCUAUUAAUUGAAAUUUUAAAAUACCUUAAUUAAGCUGUUGUCACUUGUAAAUUUAAUCAAUUAAUUGGACAACAAUUGAUUGUUGUUCGAAAUUUAUAACUAACCAAGUAUUAAAUUGAUUUUAUUCUAUGUAUUACAGCUUAGUUGCGCACAAAUGUACAUUAAUGAUAUUCUAUUUAUUGAUCAUCAUUAGCGGACUUAUAUCAGUACUUAAGUGUUUAAUUAUUAAUUUCAAUGUAACGUAACUCUUAUAUCAUAUUGCUUUAAAUGUUUUCUAUUUAUUUUAUCCUUAAAUAUUAUCAAGCACAAACAUCUUAGUUUAUUAUCUUUUAAAUAUAUUAUUUUUUUUUAGUUUUUAUCCCAUACAUCUUAUUAUUGUUAAACAUAUAUUUAUUAUUUUUCUUUGAAUUAUACCUAUUGUACCAAUUUUACUCAUCCUUAAAUAAUCAAUAGCUUUAAGCAUUUACCAAAGUUUUAAUUGUCCUUUAAUUCUUAUACUCCUGUUUCAUAUUAAUUGUGUUUUGUCUUUGUGGGUAGUCACAGUAGAUGUGAAUAUAUAAUAUAUUAUAAUAUGUAAAAUGACAUAAUUGUAUAAUACUGUUAAAAAAAAAAAAAAAAAAAAUAGUGAGUAAGAUACAUUUAGUUUAUUUUGAUUAUUGUAAGAUUGUCGUACUUUGUUAUAUCUUUAAGCUAUUUGUUAGAUAAUUCAACCCUCCUUUUUUAAUUUCAUUUUUGUGCAAUUCAUAAAUAUUAUGUAGUAUUCAAAAAUAUUAUGUAGUAUUAUUAUUCAAAAAUAUUUUCUAUUGUUUCAAGUUUUCAAUUUAAAAUUUUGUCAUUGUAAACUAGAGUAGAAACUGUUUAUAAUGACAACCGGUUGAAAUAACAUAUUGGGUGUAAUUGAUGGUCCCUGCAAAGUUUCUAUAUUGUAUUUGAUAAUUUAUAUCAAUUAUUAUUAUGUUUGGAUAACUAUACUGAUGUUAUGGUAGUUAUUUUUGGUUAUAUUGGAAAAAUCUUGUCCAAAAUGUCCAAAAACAAAUUUUGAAGAACUAGAAAAAAAAUAGAACUUGAUUUUUGUUCAAAGUUCCAUCUAAAGUAAAAGAUUUUUUAAUAAAAUGUAAACCAGUUAUUAUGACCUAUUUUUUGUGAUUAUAAACAAUUUCUACUGUACUUGAAUUUUCAUAAAUGUUUAAUUUUUUGUAUUUUACUUAUUGUAUUAUCCAAGUAGUUAGUUGAUGUAUUAAUAUUUUUAAUGUAUGUAAGAAAAUGAAAUUAUUAAAAUUUAUUGUACAUCAGGGGUCGCCAACAAUAAAUUAUUACUAUUAUUAUAUUAUGAUUAUUAAUACUAUGAAUAAAUAAUUAUUGUUAAGAGCUUAUUUUUUUAUUUUGCUUAUCAAACAAAAUCUUCCUUAAGACCUAAAUUCUUCUGGAUGUUGAUCACUGGGGGCAUAAAAUUUAAAAUGUAGCUCACUUGGUUGAAAGGGUUGGCGAUCCAUGUUGUAUACAGUAAACAUAACAUAUUCAUUACAAUGGUUAUUUUGUGUUUCAACAUUAUUGUCAAUUUGGGUUGAGUAAUCUUAUGUUUAUUAUUUUUUUUUUUUUUUUAAUUAUUAUUUAUCAUUAUUGUAUAACAAGCUAUAUUUUGUAUGUAAUGUGAUUUCUAUUUGAUUUAAUGGUAUCGAAUUUAAACAUGCAAUGGUUUGAGCGCGCAUUACAUUAUUUUGUUUUUGUAAUUUUUACAUAAAUAUUAUAUAUUAUAUUAUAUAAAACUAUUAUUUUUAAGUUAUUAUACCAGAAAUUUGAAUACUAUUCACUUGUUUUCACAUCAGUAUACAUUGUGUUUAUUAUGGUUUUA